UACUUUCACAUAAACGAUGAAAUGAUUGUGUACACGAGAACUUUGUAUGACAUAAUUUUUCGGUAACUUUUUUUAGGUGAGUGUGGAGGAAUGGGCCCAAAUGUGGGACGACUACUCGAAGCAACCCGAGAGCGCCUUGGAAUGGCAGAACCAGUACCUGCGGUUCAUGUUCGAGUUAGAGGAUGCGUCUGGAGACGGUUCCAUUGACAUAGAUGAGUUCACCAGCGGGAAAAACGAAGUGAACUACGAGCAAUUUGUGGAUCUAUGGCAGCAGUUCUUCACAUCAGAAAAUCCAGAAGAUCCCGGUAACUACAUUUUUGGCAAAACCAAAUUUUAAAAAACUACUACCACGCCGCGCGAUUUGUACAACAUACAAAAUAUAUGAUGAUUUUUGUAUAAGUAUUAUAACUACGAAAGUUAAAUGAUACUAAAUAAAAAAUGUUUGUGUUAAAAUAUAUUGUUACAUAUCCUUAUGAACGCUGUAUCGAAACUACAACACUGGAUGGAACACCCCCUAACCCCUUCUUUGGAAGUAAUAAGUGUCAAGGGCCGCUUAAGAAAUAUUUGUAGUUCGUAGAUAUUUGUCAUUUCAAAAAGUUGUGCACCUGUGAAUAUUUCAGCGGCAUUCAUUGUGCUCGUAUGAAUACUUGUUUUUCCAAAAUGGCCCUAUUGAGUAUAAUAAUUAUAUAUCAUUGGUCAACGUAUUCUACCUGAAGAUCAGCAUCUACGCUAUAUUCGCGGGUCCCAAAAAUUAUCCGAGAUGAAAUGAGAUACCGAAGCGUCAUCCAUGAAAAUAUAUCACAGUUAUCUUUCUCAUAACCGUAAUAAUUAGAAAUUCAGUUCAAUGUCUCAUAUAUGGCGCUGUAACCAAGUAUGUUGAGCAUAUAGCUACAGCGUCAACUACGAGACAUUAGCCUUUUCAGAGUAGAAUUUCAUUUUUUUUAACAUCGUAAAGGUCCAUUGUGGCAGUGUUGUUCAAUGCAAAAUAAAACAGUACGUUAGCAUUAGAGAUAACUAUGAAUUCCAGUGGCGUCUCUGGAGACAAAAUGUACGCCAUCGAUUCUUUUGAAAUAGAUUUUUUUUUUCGGACAAAGCAGCUUAUGAUACAACUCUUGGUAUCUCGUCGUAGGAAAAAAAUAAUAACAGCGCCAUUGCACAUCGAAAAAUUAUCAAAAUAAAAUCAUAUCAACUCUGACCAGGCUUUUCGGGAGACAAAUUUAUCUGAACGUGUUUUACCUUAAUUUUGAUCAGGAGCACGCCAUUGUAAUUACGGUCUAUCAUUGACGCAUAUAAACCUGACGUUAUUUUAAAUAAUCAUAUUGAAGAAUGUUUAUCAUAAAAAAUUUACAAACGAAUUAGGAUGGUCUAAUAAAAAAGACGUUCUGAAUAAAAACUGAAACCUGCUUCUCUAAAAUACACAUUCUGUUUUUUAAAUCGAAAACUCCUACGAAAAUCUAACUUUCAACGCCAUUAAUUAGAAAAACAGGUAUUCUAGCUCAUUUCCCGCUGAAAUGAAACUAUGUUGUAGAGUGAUGAGGUUUACGUUAAUUAUGUGUUCCUUCCAGUAGACCUAUGAAAAAAAUGGUCUUUAAGACUAUCUUCUAGCCUAAACUUACUUUUCCAUGCCUUUUUACUCAGUGUAUACUCAGAAGAGUGGAAUGCUUCUAGUUGCCCUGCUCAGAUGAACUUAAGUCUCGCUUGUGGUCCGAUAAGUAAACACUUAAAGGCAAGUGACAAUUCUUAUACUAAGAAACGAAACAAUUUGUUUUGUUUAAAAAAUAUGAUGGUUGAGAUAUUCUGAGUGUACACGCUAUAGUAUUUCCACUUUCUAUUAAGAACUCUUAAACUAUCUUGUAGGAAAAGAUGUAGAGUCUAGUCAAUUAUAUACUAUGAGCUACAUAUGACUAUAAUCCCAAAGAUUUCUAUAAACCGUAAGAUUUUAUAAGAGAUGUAUAAAUGUUAUUUCUUUUAGCACAAUUUAACGAAUAUUGAUGUUUUGACAGUGGGUAAAAGGUCACAGAAAUGGAUAUCCGACAAACUAAACAAUAUCGAAGAUAAAACGCGUAAUUAUUCGGCACAAAAUCAGAAUAUGUAAACGAGUAUUCCAUAUAACAAUACACAAUAACAGUUCCAUUUUAUAUAAGGAUGCCUAUUUCUGUGACAUUUCUUCACAAAAUAGUAUAUCGCUUUUUGUUUAAUAUUGUUGAGGUACAAAAAUAUUGAGGAAUUGGACAUGCAAUUUAGGAAUACAGCAGGUUUGUCAAAAUGCUGGAAUCUUUAUUGGAAUCACCAGUUUCCAAUAUAAAAUAUAGAUUGUCCAAAAAACAUUCAAUGUUCUUGUACUGUAAUAAGAAUCGAACAUUUUCGAAGUAUCUGAUUUUGAGUGCUCAGAACGACAUCGGUGUAAUUCCUCAUCAACCUUUAGAUAUGCCCACAAUUAACAGAGUUUAAGCAGGCUAUACACGGCCAAUGUAAGUUAGUUUCUAAAACGAAAGAUCUUCAGCCUGUAUGGCCAGCAUAAGGUGUGAUAAGAAUGACCAUAUUUGUAUCGUGAAUGGCACUUUAUAAAAAGUGAAUCAUAAUAUUAUAGUAGUUUUGCCUGCAUUAACAUAACAAGAUAACUAUAAACCCCGGAUUGUAUUAUUGUUUGAUAAAUGGAACAACAAUACUAGAUACCAAAACAUUUGUGCAUCGGUGAAUUUUGAGCAUGAUUAUAUGUUUUAUAUAUUUAAUUACGGAGUUAUAGACAAUUACUAGAGGAAUUAAUGUGAAUAUAUGUAUUUAUGAUGGAGAUAAUUGUGUAUUAAUAAAUGUUGGAAAUGUGC